CAUUCUUUGGCCUCGUAAACAUAAGAGGGCACCCAAAGGUUGCUGGUUACAAUGAAUUCCUGUCAUGGUGACAUAUUUUAAAAGGGAACUUUUUUGUCGUUGAGCCUUUGUUUCAAAAGGCGUCGUCUUCAACCGCAGCCUUCUACUUUAGUCUUCAUCAAGCUAAGGCACAUAUUUUACAUUAGGGGGGGUGAAAUCACAACACAAACAAAAAUGUCAGUAAAAGUGAUUCUGUUAGUUGUACAUUCUGCCACUUAAUUGCUCUGCUCCUCAUAGGUUAGGUCGAUGAACAAUUUGAACUAAAUGUUGAAGUGGAAUUGGAUCAAAUCCUAAUAAAACCCAAAUGUCAGAAGUGUGAGGAAGACGACAACUGUGACAGAAAAGUGAAUUCAUCAGCCCGGCACCAUGCUCGCUGCGUCUGAAGGUCGACCGUUAAAUCAACGGACCCGUCGGAAUGGUUUCCAGCACAUGCAGACACAACAUGGCUCCAAAUCCCAUUGUCCAGGCCUUCAUUGACUUCACAGCUGGAGCAGCAGGUGGCGCGGCUUGUGUUCUGAGCGGGCAGCCGCUGGACACCACCAAGGUGAAGAUGCAGACGUUCCCCAACAUGUACCGAGGCUUCGCCCACUGCUUGGUGUCCACCUUCCGACAAGUCGGGGUGCGCGGCCUCUACAAGGGCGCCACGCCGGCCCUGCUGGCCAACGUCUGCGAGAACUCGGUGCUCUUCCUGAGCUACGGCUUCUGCCAGGACGCGGUCCGCUCCUUGGCCGGCAUAGAUGGCCGCACUGAACUCAGUGAUGUUCAGAAAGCGUUCUCCGGGUCCCUGGCCUCCAUCUUCUCGUCCAUGGUGCUUUGCCCCUGCGAGCUGGUCAAAUGUCGCCUGCAGGCCAUGUACGAGAUGGAAGCAUCCGGCAAGAUCGCCCGAGGACAGCAGAGAGUUUGGACUGUGGUUAAGUCGGUGAUGGAGACAAACGGUCCGCUGGGUUUCUACCAAGGUCUGACGUCCUCCAUUGUGAGGGAGAUUCCGGGUUACUUCUGCUUCUUUGGCGGCUAUGAGCUCAGUCGCUCCAUGUUUGCACGCCACAUGGGUACGGACAAGGAGGGCAUCGGUAUUCUUCCGCUCAUGUUCAGCGGCGGUUUCGGCGGCGCUUGUCUUUGGCUGUUGAUCUAUCCCAUCGACUGCGUGAAGUCCAGGAUCCAGGUGUACUCCUUAGCCGGGAGGCAAGAGGGCUUCCUGAAGACAUUCGUGGGGAUCUUGCGCAACGAGGGAUUCAGGGCUCUUUACUCAGGCCUCACGCCCACCAUGAUACGAACCUUCCCGGCCAACGGCGCCCUCUUCUUGGCCUACGAGGUCACUCGAAGGUCAGCGGUAGUCGGAAAUACCACGGUGGCUGUUGUUUACAAAAACUAUGAAAAGGAAGAAAAUAUUGUGUCCCGACACUCUCUCGUUACACGAGCCUGCACCGGGUGUCGGGUCGCACGACGCGCUUUGAUUAUUCAUGACUCAGCAGGUGACUGCGCGAAGAGGCGGCUCGUCGCCCGCGGUCCCGUGGGCACCCGCGAGGACGGGCCCCUCGUCGCUUCAGGCCCUGCCCCUCCCAUACGACACACGCACACACAAAGGUACACCUGCUCUCAGAUGAUUUCCACGACGUCCAGCACAGCCGACAUGGUGACGCAGGGUAAACUUGAGAUCAACCCCGUGGAUGUUGUUGAAGAUAAAACGUCAGGCAGACUGGGAUGCUUCGGGUGGAUUUUGGUGGUCAUUUCGCUCCUCUUCAUCGGGGCCACUUUCCCACUUACAUUAUUUAUGUGUGUCAAGAUAGUGAAGGAGUACGAGCGAGCGGUCAUCUUCAGACUGGGUCGAAUCGUGGACAGGAAAGCCAAAGGACCCGGGCUUUUCAUUGUGAUCCCUUGCACUGAUAACUUUGUGAAAGUCGACCUGAGAACCGUCUCCUUUGACAUUCCGCCACAAGAGAUUCUGACCAAGGACUCUGUGACGGUGUGCGUGGACGGCGUGGUGUACUUCCGCAUCCAGUGUCCGAUCUCGUCGGUGGCCAACGUGACCAACGCGCACUCGUCCACGCGGCUGCUGGCUCAGACCACCCUGAGGAACGUGCUGGGCACCAAGAACCUGGCCGAGCUGCUGUCGGACAGGGAAGGCAUCUCGCUCAGCAUGCAGGAAUCCUUGGACGAGGCCACGGACGCGUGGGGCAUCAAGGUGGAGCGCGUGGAGAUUAAAGAUGUCAAGUUACCUCAGCAGCUGCAGAGAGCCAUGGCCGCCGAGGCGGAGGCCAGUCGGGAGGCCCGCGCCAAGAUCAUCGCCGCCGAGGGCGAGAUGAAGGCGUCCCGUGCCCUGAAGGAGGCCUCGCUGGUCAUCGCCGAGGCUCCGUCUGCCCUACAGCUGCGCUACCUGCAGACGCUCAACAGUAUCGCCGCCGAGAAGAACUCCACCAUCAUCUUCCCGCUUCCCAUCGACAUGCUGCAGAGCUUUUUACCGAGGAAGUGAGGAACUUCGACUUUUAAAAGUAACGUGAAAUGAACCUUCAUUCGGGCCUCGAGCACCAGGCCGUCUGUUUAUUCUUCAUCUUACAACCAAUUAAUUGGAUUUUUCGAGGUCUGGAAUCUCACCAAUGUAUCAUGAUGGAAAUGUUUGUACACUACAUGACAACUCAGUAGCGCCCCCUGGAAAGUGAGGAAAAAAACGAGUACCUCUCACAAGUUUCACCCAUCAACACGUAAUCAGGUGGACAUGUCUAUCAUUACAAGACGUACAAAAAAGUCUCAAGGACCCAUACGCUAAACUGAACAGCAAGUCGGCCAUUUUGGGUCGAAUUCUACAGUCGAGCUUGUACUCUGACAAAAUCUAAGGAAUCCAGGUAAAAAUGUAUUUUAGGGGUCCCCCAAAACGACGGCCAAAAGUCACACAUUUGUCGUCCUUGGAAAGCCCCGACAUCAGUUUCACCAGUCGACAUGUAACUGGGCGGACGUGUCUAUCGUAACAGGACACACGAAAAAGUCUCAAGAACCAACGCUGAAAAUUGAAUAGGAAGUCGGCCAUUUUGGUUUGAAAGGCCCAUUGCGGGGGCUCUAAAUUGUUAAUCAUUUUUGCCUACGCAAUCUAAAGUGGGCAUAUCAUAGUGGAAACAUUUGAUGAUCAGUUUGAGGAUUCACUGUAAUAAAGGGGAUGCAAGUGCCCGUUUUAUCUUCCAA